AUGUUUCAAGUGAUUUCUCGUGCAGCGAGUUUAUCUAAAACUCCGCUGUCCAGGUCCAUGCCAGCAUUCUCAACAUCAGCACGUCUCGAUUGUAAAGAUCCCAUGCGCCUCCAUGAGGCGCCUAUGAUUGACUCUGAUGUUGCCACAUCUACCCCUGAUGAAUUACGUCAAAGACAUCUUUUGGAAUCAACCAUAAAGGUCCCUGUAAAGGUGGAUUUAACACCUGUGAGUGGAGUUCCUGCGGAGCACAUUUAUACACGUCGUGUGAGAAUCUACCAACCUCCCAAGAAUGCUAUGCAGAGCGGCACCAACAACAUUCACCACUGGGAGAUGGAGUUUGAUAACCGUCAACGCUGGGAAAACCCCUUGAUGGGCUGGACAUCCACCGGAGAUCCACUUUCUAACAUGAAAGUGCAAUUCAAGUGCCCAGAAGAAGCUAUUGAACUUUGUGAGAAAAAUGGAUGGAACUGGUUCCUUGAUGUUCCUAAAGUUAAGAAGCAAUUCAAACCUAAGAACUACGGAGUUAAUUUCUCAUGGAACCGCCGCACCAGGGUCUCCACCAAGUAA